GCCAUCCAACCUCCCAUCAUUCUCAAGAGUUUCGGGUCUGAAACUGUGCACAUUACCUCCCCUUAAUGCUAGGUCAACACAUUGCUUGCGACAUGUGGACGCGUCACACGUGACACGUCCCAAAGUGACCGCGAUCCCCACAACCGCCCCCCCCGGGUCCGGCACUCUCUAUCACUCCUGGGAUUCAUACUCUUUGCGCCUUUCCGCCAUGGCCCUUUCACCGGGAACUCCAAAAAGAAGCUCUGCACGUCGUCCAGGUCGCCAAUCACUCCAAUCCACUCCCACCGGCGCGCAGAGCGAGCCCCCCUUCAAGAAACGUAGAUACGUGCCUGGGGGGCCAGGUGGCGGCGGCAGAUAUAUCGACGACGAAGGGAACGAAACACCGGUUGGUGGCACAGGACCUGGAGGAUACGCGUAUUCAGGUCCUCGGGGCCGCGUUGGGCGGAUGAACGCUGAACUUGGGAUUGUUCCCCCACUACCUCCACCUCCACCUCCACCUCCACCUCCACGUUCACCUCCGCCUAUCCUUUCCCCACCCCCUGCAACGGCCCGUCGAACGCGAAUAUCCUCUUUCACGCGACCAAUAAGGGAGAAGGAAAAGAUGGAGGAACCUAAACCGCGUUACACGUCGGCUGCGGCUGCGGUCGCGGCAUCGACACAAGGCGAAGCAUAUAAGCCUCGCGAGGAGCGGGGAUGGGAGGAGUUCCAUCCCGACCUAGAAAUCGAUACCAGAUUCAUGGUGUUGUCUGCCGACGAGGUGGAUGGAGUGGCGCCACCUUUGCCAAACCAACUAUUUCUCGAUCCAAACCGCUUUCGGCGUCAAUCAGACCACGCUUUAUCGGACGCUGGCGCGAAUCUGAUAGGCGAUUCCUCACAAACACUACCCAAUAUUACAAGCGAUACAAAUACAAUCAUCGAUGCGCCGGCGCUUGUGCCCCCUCCUCCACCACCCGUUAUCAAAAGACGGCCCGGAAGGCCCCCUCGGCGGCCGGAGUCCAUGCUCACAGGGCUCGGUUCUCCACCUCUCCCUCGAAUCAUUCCUCUACAAACCGUAAACCCGAAAGAACGGCUCAACCUCCCCAAGCCGCAAUAUAGAAAGGUGGACACAUUCUCGAAAUUCGAACAAGACCACGCCGUUUCAGUCAACUACGUGGACCGGACGCUAGCCGGCGUGGGGUAUCAAGAGAGCGAUCUCUUCCUCCGUCCGGAACGGAUAUACAUCCGUGGCUCCGAAGGCUCCUUGGAUGAUGAGUUGGAUCUGGCGUUGAGUAUCAAGGCCGAUGAACAAGGAUCUGGGACCACGGUUGGACGCGUGGAAUAUGAUAUGGAUGAGCAGGACGAAAGAUGGCUAGAGGAUAUCAACACGCAGCGGCGGACAGAAGGAGUCGAUCCGAUCAAGCCGGCGAUUUUCGAGGUCACCAUGACCCAAAUCGAAAAGGAGUGGUACGCUCUGGAAAAACGGAUUCCUAAACCAAACCCCAAACCGCCUCAGACUCACCGUCCGCGAUCAAGUUCUGCUGCGGCCGUCAAUGGUGAGCCGGUUGGUCAAGGCGAAGAACAGGACACCAAGUGCGCGGUCUGUGACGAUGGAGAUUGUGAAAACACAAAUGCAAUUGUUUUCUGCGAUGGUUGCGAUCUUGCAGUCCAUCAAGAAUGCUACGGCGUCCCGUUCAUCCCGGAAGGUCAAUGGCUGUGCCGAAAGUGCCAGCUCAUUGGUCGAGGAACGUCGAACUGUAUAUUCUGCCCCAAUGUCGACGGAGCAUUCAAACAGACGAACAACAACAAGUGGGCACACUUGCUCUGCGCUUUCUGGAUUCCGGAAGUAUCUCUCGGUAAUACCGCUUUCAUGGAGCCGGUGAUGGAUGUCGAGAAGGUCCCGAAACAACGAUGGAAGCUCACAUGUUACAUUUGCGAACAGCGAAUGGGCGCUUGCAUCCAAUGCGGUAAUAAGAAUUGCUUCAAAGCGUUCCAUGUGACGUGCGCCAGACGAUCAAAGUUUUUCCUCAAGAUGAAGCUGCCUCAGGGCGGGCUUGCGAUGGAUACCAGCGUCCUCAAGGCAUUCUGCCAUCUGCACGUGCCGAACGAUUGGCGGGAUGAACACGAUGUAGAGGCUGCAACUUCGGAUGCGAGGGCGUUCUAUCAACGGACCAUGAAAGGCAAACGAUGGGCAGACAGCCAGCAGACAGCGUUGUCGGCGUCGGCACCCCAGCUUCUCGGAGAUGGUGAUGGGGACCUUGGCGACGAGGGGAUAUCGCCAGCAAAGAAACGUAAACGAGACCAGGCCAUCAAGUCGAUAUGGCGGCUGCCUUCUGGCGCCCCCGUCGUCCCCCACGUUGUCUACCACAACGUCGAAAACACACUCAUCCGCUUCGCCAUCCGGAAACGUAAAGAGUUCAUCGCCGAGGCGUGCAAGUACUGGACACUCAAACGCGAAGCUCGUCGCGGAGCGGCUCUGCUCAAGCGACUUCAAUUACAACUCGAUACCUUUUCCUCGAUGGAGAUCACACGGCGCAACUUUGUUGGAAUGGGCGCAGCUGGCCGCCCUCGAUUACAACGCCGAAUUGAGUUCGCCGAGCGACUUGAAGAUGAAAUGGAACAAAUUCGACAGCUUUGCCAUCAGAUCAAGGAGCGUGAGCAAGUCAAGUUGGAGGAUGCAAAGCUUAUGAAGAAUAUCAUCGAUACGGUCUAUUUUCCUAUUCCUCCACUACUACGGCCAAUUCUCGACAAAGCAGCAAGCCAAGACUCUAAGAACUACUUCUCGUGGGGGCUGGAGCAGGUUGAUCAGAAAGUGAAGGGCUAUGAAUACACCUCCGUUGCACCGUUCUCCACGGAUUUGCUCUCCGUCUUCCAUGCCGCGAUCAACAUCGAAAGCGCCAAUCACUCCGAUGCGAAGUCCAUCAACGUUAUCGUACCCCAUAGCGCUCUCACCGCCGACCAGAAGGAUAAAAAGAAGCACGCUAAACGAAUUGCAAGAGCGCUCAAGCCAUUACUCGAGAACGCUCUACGGUGCGAGACGGAUCUUUGCGGCCGUACCUUCGAGAAGGAGCUUAGUCAAUGGGAAAGUUUCAUCACCAGCAAAGAGCGACGGGAAUCAUUCGUCGUCUCUACGUAUGGAGAUACGGUGGGCCAUAUCACCGACGACGAACAUCAACACGGCACUGCUCCUGCACCAAUGACGAACGGGGACGCCGAAAUCACACAGGUUCAUCAUUCCAAACCUGAAGCUCUCGAUGACCACCAGGACGUAACGAUGGUCAACGGUAUCGAGAACGAACUCGAAGCGAAACACCCUCCUGGAGAUGACGUCCCACAAGAGCAACUCGAACACGCCCGCACCCCCACCGUCGACGCGAAGGACGAAAUGACCGACGACGCCGCCAUCCAGCGUCAAAUCGCUGCCGAAGGCGACCCCCACCCCACCCACGACCACGCCGACAUGAUGAGCCGCAGCGGCGGUUCCGCGGCCACCCUAUCCCUCGGCGGUAGCACCAUCCCGUCAACCGUCAACCCCGAGCCGAUGACGCCACCGCGCUCGGACCGCUCGCUCGGCGGCUUCCUCAACCAGGGCGGGAUCCCAUGGUACAUGGAAGCGUUCGACCCGCUGGGGACGACGAUCCAUGAUGAGCGGAGGGAGCUGGGGCGGGCGGGGAGUUCGGAUUUGAGUAGCAUUAUGGCGGAUGAGGAGAUGGAAGGGUUGGUGGAGGAGGAGCGGGAGGUGGAGAUAGGGGAGGGAGAGUCGACGGUGGGAGAGGCUGAGGUGGUGAGGUCGAGGGUGAGGGUGAUGACGGCGGCAGCGACGAGGGGGGUGAGGCGGAAGGGGAAGAAGCGGAGGCGUUAAGGGGGGUGGAGAGUGGCGUUGGGGUAGGACAUUGUAUGGUCGUCUCCUGCUUUACUGGAUAUGGAUAUGGAUAGGGCGUUAUUCUCCGGAAAUUGCGUGGAACAGGGAGCGAAGCGCACUUUGCAAGUGGCUUUCCCUGAUUAUUUCCGGAGUAGCACAAUACCAGGGUACAUAUUCUCUCGGCGGGGAAAUACGAGACUUGUUUUGCUUCUUCACAUAGGUAACCUACAAAUUACAAUUGUACAUUCAUCAGGAAAGUCUGCGGGGUU